GGCGUCCGGGCGGGCCUCGCUGCCGCGGCGGCGCGUUCCGCCCGGAGCGUGUGCGCGGGCCCCGAGCGGAGCCGCCGCUGCCAUGGAGCGGGGGGGCGGCGGCGGCGCGCGGGGCUGAUCGCGCCCCUUCCCCAUGAGACUGUGGCUGUGCUGGCUGGGCUGCUACACCCUGCUCCUCUGGGUGCUGAGGAGGACGAUGUGGGCUGGCCCGGCCCGGUACCUGCGGAGCCCUUUAUCCAGGUCCCUCUACGUGAAUAUGAUGGGCAGCCACCGCCAGCCAGCCCCGGGCGCCAGGGAGAACCACCAGUGGUAUGUCUGCAACACUGAACAGUUGUCUGAAUCCCUUCAGCCCAUUUUUGUCCAGAGUUACCUUGACCAAGGAACACAGAUCUUCUUAAACAACAGCAUUGAGAAGUCAGGCUGGCUGUUCAUCCAACUCUAUCACUCAUUUGUGUCCUCUAUUUUUAGCCUUUUUAUGUCUAGAACAUCUAUCAAUGGGCUGCUGGGAAGGGGCUCAAUGUUUGUGUUUUCCCCGGAACAAUUUCAAAGACUGCUUAAAAUAAAUCCUGAAUGGAAAUCCCACAGACUUCUCGAUUUAGGGGCUGGAGAUGGAGAAGUCACUAAAGUUAUGAGUCCUCACUUUGAAGAAAUCUAUGCCACUGAAUUGUCUGAAACUAUGAUAUGGCAGCUUCAGAAGAAGAAAUACAGGGUGCUUGGUAUAAAUGAAUGGCAAAACACAGGAUUUCAGUAUGAUGUUAUCAGCUGUUUGAAUUUGCUGGAUCGCUGUGAUCAGCCACUGACCGUGUUAAAAGACAUUAGAAGUGUACUGGAGCCAACCAGAGGCAGAGUCAUCCUAGCACUGGUUCUGCCAUUUCACCCCUAUGUGGAAAAUGUAGGUGGCAAGUGGGAAAAGCCCUCAGAAGUUUUGGAAAUCAAAGGGCACACUUGGGAAGAACAGGUGAACAGCCUGCCAGAAGUUUUCAGUAAAGCUGGUUUUGCCAUAGAGGCUUUCACCAGACUGCCCUACCUCUGUGAAGGUGACAUGUACAAUGACUACUACGUGCUGGAUGAUGCUGUCUUCGUCCUCAGGCCAGUGUAAGCCUGUGUGAAGUAAAGCUCCACAAUCUAACCCAAGAAGCAGCCUCUGAAAGAGGGUUUUGAUUUAUGGGUACUUAAAGGGAGGGAAUUUUGGGAUUGCCAUGCUAAAUAAAUACCAUGUAAGAAAUUUAAAGGCCAAAAUCCUAAUGUAUUUCUUUGUAGUGUGAUUGGGGGUGGGAGGGGAGGGAGGAAAGGUUGUUUUUUAAAUGGACUCCUCAGCUGAGAAUUUCUUUUUUACCAGCUCUUAAACCAACAUUGCAUUCUGCAAUCCAGCAGCAAUGGAGGAUAUUUUUUAUACUUACCUGCAACAGGGAUCAUAUCCAAACAAAAGCAAUAGUCUUUAUAACGGUGAAACUGAUACAGUGUGAACUGUUGUGAAAGAAAUCGAGCAAAAUCUGGCAAUAAAGUUAUCCAUUCACUUCAAGCCUUGUUGAAUAAAACUGUUGAAAUGGAUAAUCUUCCAUGCUGUUACUUUCUCUCUUACUGUCAUUCUUCACGUUUUUAAUCAUGCUAAUAAACUUUUUUGAGAUGA